AUGGAAAUACUCACUGCUCUUCGUGACGCCAUUUGUGACCAUCAAACUUGGUUACACAGGGGAUUUCUUCACCAGGAUGUCUGCGUUGAUAAUAUCCUCAUAGACAAGAAUCACGACAAGGGCAAGCCAGGCCGCCUUGGAAUUCUGAUCGGGCUUGAUACGGCCAUUUGCCUGGCGCAGAUGGACGCCCCCCGGCCUAGAGACUCCAGGACUGGAACUCGCGCCUACCAGUCAGCCAAUGUUCUAAACAGCUACACAGAGCCAUCCGAAUGUCGCCCCCACAGUCAUCUCGACGAUUUGGAAUCGUUUUUCUACACUCUUUGCUGGAUAUGCUUUUCUUACUCUGGCGUCGGGAAGAAGAUCCCGGGCACACCUCGUACCCUGUUAUAUUGGGAUGACAAGAACCCUCGCCUUGCCUACGCAGCCAAGAAACUUUUUUUUGCUGAUCCAGUCCCCGUUGACAAGUAUUUCUUCCUGCCACACACCUUGAAGCUUCAAACUUCACCUCCCUCUCUCGCUGAGGUCCUUUUGACCGCUGAUGAAGAUUAUCGAAAGGUUCUCAAGAUGGUUGAUGACGCCAUCAAGGAGAUAUCUGGUGUCGUAGAAGUUCCGACUACGUUGUCGACAACUCCAACAAAAUCUGCCCCUUCUCCGGUGGCGGAGGAGGGUCCUUCCUAG